UGGCUAAGUUCCUUUUGCCUGACCAUUUGACCAAUGUAAAAAUUAAAUAAAAAAUUCAGCGCACAGCACAGCAUGACCAGUGACCACUUUUUAUUUGUAAUAUUAAACUUGGAAGUAAAAACGCAAAUUGUUUUCUGGUCAAAAACUUCGUUGUUACUGAUCUGUAAAAAGUAGACCAUAGUGUCACCCUUAAAUAUGAAACGUAGUUCCAGAAACUUUAAACACGAGAUUAAUCCUGUCAAAGAUGAAGAAUCACGGUUAUCUCAAAUACUUUUUACCAAGAAGCAAAAAUUAAUAGAUAAAUUGAAACCUAAUCAAGAAUUAUCAGACAAUAUUGAUUUAAAGCCAGUAUGGACUGAUGAUGAUGAUGGUAAAUAUACUGCAGCAAAUAUCAUACCUCAAGCUGUAAGUAAUGUUCAGUACACUGAAAAACUUAAACAAAAAUAUAGAACUAUCGUGGGAACACCCAGUUGGGCGGAAAUAAAGAAAAAUACAGAUUGUGAAGAUGAUGACAAACUGAUGAAAACAGUAGGACACAUAGUUAAAAAAAAAACCAAAGAACUAAAAAAAGAUUUCUUGGAAUAUAAAAUAUUACCCAAAAUCAACAAUGAUAUUAGUAAAGAAGGUCCUUUGAUUAAAUGCAUAGAAUUCCAUCCAAAAAUGAGUGUAUCAUUAAUAGCUGGACAAUCUGGUGUUGUUUCUUUAUAUUCAAUUGGAGGUGACAAAAAUGAAAGACUUCACAGUUUUAAUCUAAAAAAGUGGCAAAUAACUGCUGCACAUUUUACACCAGAUGGAAAAAGUGCUUUUAUAGCCUCUAAAAGUAACCAUUCUUACUGUAUUUAUGAUUUAGUGAAGGCUGAAGCUAAACUUGUGCAGUUGCCACAAAUCUCAAAGAGGCCACAUAUUUUUCAAUUGUCACCAAAUGGAAAAUACUUAGCAACAUCAGAUUGUUUUGAUGAAGUAUACUUGAUAGAUACAGCAUCUCAAGAACUAAUAAGGGUGUUAAAAAAUAGCACCAAUAUAAAAUCAGCAGCUUUUAACAGUAACAGCAGUGAAUUAUAUUGCUUUGGUGACCAAGGAAUAGUUACAGUUUGGAGUUUAUGUACAUUUAAAUCUCUGAAAAAAUUCUAUGACAAUGGAUGUGUAACUGCAUCAUGCAUAACCACUAGUGCAUGUGGAAGAUUGAUUGCUACAGGAAGCGGAGAAGGAAUAGUGAACAUUUAUAAAACAUCUGACCUAAUGACAAAUGAACCUAUCCCUUUGAAGACAGUAUCUAAUAUAACAACAAAAAUUACAUCAUUAAAAUUUAAUUCAACCACAGAGAUACUAGCUGCAUGUUCUGCCUACUAUCCUAAUGCUGUAAAAUUAAUACAUAUUCCCUCAUAUCAUGUUUACCAAAAUUUUCCCAAACAGUCCUUCAAUUAUAAUCAUAUUCAAGUAGUAAACUUUUCUCCAAACAGUGGCUAUAUGGCAUUUUCAAACAACAGAGGAUCUGCAUUUUUACAUCGUUUGAAAUAUUAUAAAAACUAUUAAAUUUUGUUUCCAAAAA